AUGUCUCCUACCAAAACUCAAACGAUACCCGAAGACUUGGAACCUCGCUUCUCCGCAAUCAAACAAAAGUUGGUAAAGCCUGAGAACGUUGAAGCGGUUACGGCUUCGUGGAAACGCUUGCUCAAAGAUAUUGAACAAGAAUUCGCUGUGAUCGAAAAGGAAGGCUCGGCGUAUGUGCCUCAAGUCCAAUGGCAAGAAAUCGUCGACAAUGAUUACAAGUUGCCUACUGAAGUACAACAAAAGUUUAAGCAAAGAGGAUCAAUUAUGGUCCACGGUGUGGUCGACGAGAACCAGAUCAACAAGUGGUUUGACGAUCUUGUUCAGUUCUGCAAGGAUCACCCUGAGACCGCCGGAUACACCUUCCCCAACCCUACUCUGUGGUACAAUGUGUUCUGGACCAAGCUGCAAACUGAAGCUCGCUCUCACCCCAAUGUUAAGAAGCUCAUCAACAUCAUGUCAAACCAAUUCACUGCCAAGAACCCCGAUAGUCUCAUUGACUUAAACUCACAGGUCGUUUAUGGUGACCGCAUCCGGAUCCGUCCUCCUGGCACCAGAGCCCGGUUGCCGUUGCACUUGGAUCUGAGCUCAAUCGAACGGUGGGAAGACCCUGUAUACCGCAGCGUCUACCAGGAAAUCUUCGAAGGUAACUGGGAACAGUGGGAUCCCUAUGCCAUCGACAAGCGGGCGUACGCCAUCGAAAACAUGUACAACGACCUGGAGUCGGCUCGUGACACCAUCUGCUCUGCUUUCAGAACCUUGCAAGGGUGGCUUGGGCUUUCCGACAACCGUCUGGGCGAAGGAACUCUCAGAGUGUUGCCCAAUGUCAAGUUGACCAUGGCCUAUAUCAUGCUUAGACCAUUGUUCUGGCGUGAUCCCGUGUCGGGCAACAUUGACGACUAUGAGAUUGACUUAGAAACCCCUAAGUUCCCCGGCGCCCGUCCUUCCACUGGCCAGCUUUACUUAGCCGACGAAUUGUACCCCCAUUUAAGACAACGCCAGCUGUGUGUCUCGGUUCCUGAUGUGAAGAAGGGAACCUUUGUGUUCUGGCACAGUGACUUGCCCCACGAAGUCGACAAAGAGCACCACGGCAACACCGACUCCAGUGUCUUUUACUAUGGGGUGGCGCCGUUGUCGCCAGUGAACAUCGACACGUUGCUCGACACCAAAAAUGCCUUCACCCACAACAUCCUGCCGGAAGACUACCGGUCACAACUCACCGAGGAAGACAAGGCGAAGGAAUACCAAGGGGCCUCUGUCGAGCACAUCGGUGACGACGUCGACUUUAAGCGGCUGAUGGGGCUCGCUGAAUUCGACACUUCCGAGCCGGGCUUGACUGCGGGUCAAGUUGGAAUCAGAGAAUUGGCCAACCAGGCAUUGGCCGCAAAUGCCUUUGAUCACCAUCAAUAUUUGAAAGCUAACCCGUUGUAA